AUGCACAGUGCUGGUGAUGAUCGAACAAAGAGUGAUCAUACUCCGUCGGUCAGCCAUCCAGACCACUCGAUUAUUUUGAUAGAUAGUGACAAGGAGGAAGACGCUUCUAUCCGCGAGGCAAACUUGCCAGUGAGGUUGUAUCCAGACAGAAGAGUAGGGAGACGACGUGAUGCUCUGAAUAGAUUUAUUAGAUCGGAUACAGCGGAUGCGACUCCUCAGAGGAUUAAUACAACAGUACGUUCAGAUUGCCCCGACACUCAAAAUGAUAUUGAUGACGUAACCAUAAUACGAGAAGUUGGGCGGUUUUUCGGGGAUGAUGGGCCCAUUGAUCCCUCUGCGCACUACGUUGAUCUUGACCAAGAACCAGGCUCUGAAACAGUAGAAACUCCAAGAAUAAUACAAGUAAAUAAUACGAAUGGGUAUUUAAAUGAAAAUUCUAACGAGAACAAUAACGAUAACGAUAAUGAUAACGAUGAUGGAUUGACAAUAGUUGAAGAGAGGACAACGCGACCUAGAAUAACGCUAAAUCUGCCGGGCGGAGAAAGGCUUGAGGUGAACGCAACGCCAACAGACAUACCGACACGCAGGUCGUUUGAGUUUCAAGAAGACUUGGCUGCAUCACGUAGGCAGCUCUUAAGAAGAAGUGCAGCACGAGCUCGUAAUUUGUUUGUGGAACGGUCUGACGAAGAUGAUGAAAACGAUGAAGAAUGGACGGAAAAUACCAAUGACUUGCCUGAAACUAUUCAAAGGGCUCGUAGAGAGAGCCAUAUGCGAAUGAGCCGAAGGGUUGCAGAAAGACAGCAUAGAAUAAGAGCACAACAACAGAGGAUGGUGAGUAACGACAAUAUGGGUACAGGUAUUAGGCUGCAGUCAAUCAGAGAACGGAUUCAAGCGUAUGUCCCAGACAUUCGCAGUGCUUUUCAUCAUGCAGAAUCACUACAUGAGUUCAGGUCCAUUCUACAAAAUGUUGCUCCAGUUACCUUGCGAGAAUGUGAGGGAGAGCUAAUGGCAUUAUUUACUGAAUUUAGAAACCAACUUUUACAAAACUGGGCUAUUGAUAGAGUUAGAAACACACAGGAAGAGGCUUUAAGGCUUCAUCGGGAAGCAUUGGAAGGACAAGAAAGAGUAGCCAGAGGAGCUUUCCAUCAUGGGGGGCCGUAUCGUGAAUCGAUUUCGAGCUAUCUAAACUUCAAUGGUGAGGAUGGCUUCUUAACUCGUCUGUGGGGUGGUCCGGUACUAAAUGAAGCUGAUGAAGAGCGCCACACUCAAAAUAUUAUUGAUAUGAUUCAAGAGAGAGAAGAACGAGAACGAGACGUGGUUAUGAAGAACUUAAUGAACAAGACCAAAGCCCAGCAGGAUGAAUUUGAAGAGAGAGCGGCAAACUUGCCUGAAGGAUAUAGUGCUUCAUUUGAUACCACACCAAAGAUGAAAUUAGAUAUCAUGAAGAAUGGGAAGGAAGAAACUAUCACUGUUUUAGACGAUGAUCUGGCCAAAACCCUGGAAGAUAUUUCAGUAUGCUGUUUAUGUGGCGUAGAAUUGGGUGUAGGAAUACCGGACGAUUUCACUGGGAUGAGCCAAAAAGAUCGUGGCAUUUCAUUUGAAGGGUUAGUAUCGAGAUACAAAUUUCAUUGCCCAUACCAAACUUUAGCGAGACCGUCAGUAUUGGAUAGAGAUUUAUCAAAGCGAACAUUUGUUGCAUCCUGUGGCCAUACAUAUUGCGGCAGGUGUUACGCCAGAAUUGACAAUGCAAAGAAGAAAUCUAAAUCCCCCAAAAAGAAAUUGGCCGAGCUGAAAGGUUCAGCUCAUCCUGAUAACUAUGGGCCCAAAUUAUGCCCCGCGGAAUCGUGCAAGAAGCUGAUUCGCUCAAGAGGAAGAUUAAAGGAGGUUUACUUUUAA